AUGUCACAAGAGGAAAAAAAUAAAGACACGUUUAUACCUAUUCCCCGACCGGGUGGUCUAAUAAAAAUAAAAAAGGAUGUUAGGGAUAAAAAAAACAAGGUGCUGAAGUUCGACCAAUACCAAACCAUACUGAAUCGGGUGGAAGACAUGGAAAAAGACAAGUACCGAAUAGAAAAAACCAUUGCUAAAAAUCCACCAUUUCCCACGGUCACGCCAAUAAGAAACUUGAACUUGCCGAAAAUCUCUCAAGAAUCUCUUUUUGAUAAAUGCUUGGUCGAAAACGAAGACGACGGCGAAACACAAUGUGAAUACGAAAGGUGGUUAGAGGAAACGGCACCUGCCAAAAACGCCAACCUCAUUGACAACCUGGAAGAGGCCAUCAAUUUUAUUGUCUCAUUGGCAUCGAACCCUAAUGCCGAUGCAAAGGACUUUGACGAGAUGCAAGCCAUCACAGUGGUGCAGUUUCUUCGUACCAUAAAAUCGCCGGCCGGCCAAUACGAACCAAACAACAGGCGACUGAUGGAGUACAUCGAUAAGAAAGGCGAAGAAUUUCAUUCGAAAAAUUAG